AUGCUGAGCCGUCUGGGCGCGCUGCUGCAGCAGGCGGUGGAGACGCGGGAGCCCAGCGUGGACCUGCUGGAAGCUUUCACCGAGCACUGGAAGGGCAUCACCGGCUACUACCUGGAGGCGACGGACGAGAGCAUCCCUGCCAGACAGACGGACAUUCCCUGGCGCCUCAAGCAGAUGCUGGACAUCCUGGUGUACGAGGAGAAGCAGCGCCCGGCGGGGGAGACCGGGCCGUGCCUCGAGUACCUGCUGCAGCACAAGGUCCUGGAGACCCUCGGCACGCUGGGCAAGGCGGAGUACCCCCCCGGGAUGAGGCAGCAGGUCCUCCUCUUCUUCAGCCAGGUGCUGGGGCAGGUCCAGCACCCGCUCCUGCACUACCUCAACGUGCACAGGCCGGUGCAGAAGCUGCUCCAGCUCAGUGGCGACCGCCUGGGCUCCGGCACGGAGAAGGAGGAGGUGCAGUUCGCGGCCGUCCUCUGCACGAAGAUCAAGCAGGAUCCCACCCUGCUGGCAUACAUCCUGGAGGGCAAGAGCAUCCUGAAUGGGAGGAGAGCCCAGGAGCUGCCCGCCAGCCCCGUGGAAGAGGGUGCAGAGCAUCCCGCAGGCACCGCUGCCGGCUCCCCCCGAGCCGAGCCCUCCCCGCUACGGAGGGACAGCAACCUCGUCACGUCUUUGGUGGGGCUCUGCAAGAGCAAGAAGAGCAGGGUCGCGCUGAAGGCUCGGGAAAACCUGCUCUUGCUCGUCGGGCUCGCCCAGGAGGCGGCUGCUGCCUGCCUGGUGCGGAGCAGCGCCCUGUGCCAGCUGCUGACCGAGCAUCUCUGUGACCUCUACAGCGCCGUGCCCGCCUGCACUGACCCCGCCGACGUCCUCGGCUUGGAGAGGGCCAGCUGGAGGUCGCAGGGUGAUGCUGCCGGCGAGGGGGUUUUCCCGGGGAAGGAAAGCCUGGCUGCCUUCUUCAGCUGGCUGGACUACCUCGAUGAGCUGGUGAUGGGCGCCCACCCGGUCGUGGCGGAUGCCAUCACCGAGGCCAUGGAGGAAAAGUUUUUCCAAGGCAUCCUGCAGCCGCAGCUCCUGCAGAUGUCGGAGCUCACCGUCCUCAGCGCCACGGCCAUGCUGACGGUCACGGUGCAGCAGAUCCGCGCACCACCCCUGCUCCACCGCCUCGUGCUCUUCCUGCUGGGGCCCGACCGGCACCCCGAGACCCCUGGGGACUCCCCCCACCCUCUGCGCACCCAGCUCAUCGACCGCUGCAACCACCUCUCCGAUGAGAUCAGCCUGGCCAGCCUGCGGCUCUUCGAGGAGCUCCUGCGGAAACCCCACGAGCACGUGGCACGCAGCCUGGCGCUGAGGAACCUGGAGGCGAGGGGCUACCUGCAGCACGGACCCCCGGUGCCCGAUGAGCGCGGAUCCCUGGAGCCGGACCCCGACGAGGACGGGCUAGACUUAGAGGAGGAUCCCUAUUUCACCGACGGAUUCCCAGACAGCGGCUUUGGGAUGGCGAAAAAGCCUCUGCUGGGAUCAGCCUCGUCGGGGAAGGGGCAAGUGAGCGAGGUGGUCAGCAGCUUCCUCUGCCUGGUCCCCGAGGAGGCGAAGACCUCCUCAUGCAUGGAGGAAGGCGGCUACGACACCUACGUGCAUGAUGCCCUGGGCAUGGUCCAGGCGUGCCAUGCCAGCGCGGCCCCGUGGGGGUGGCCCCCGGCCCCCCGGCCCCUCGACGCCUGCCACCCCGAAGCGGCGUUUUACGAGGGCCAUUUCCUCAAGGUGCUGUUUGACCGGAUGACCCGGAUCCUGGACCAGCCCUACAGCCUGAACCUGCAGGUGACCUCGGUGCUGUCCCGCCUGGCCGCCUUCCCCCAUCCCCACCUCCACGAGUACCUGCUGGACCCCUACCUCAACCUGGCACCCGGCUGCCGCUCGCUCUUCUCCGUCCUCGUCAGGGUGAUCGGGGACCUGAUGCAGCGGCUCCAGCGUGUGCCCCAUUUCAGGGCUAAGCUGCUCCUGGUGCGCCAGCAGCUCAUGGGGUUGGAGCCCGGAGAGCAGAUGGACCACGCGAUGCUCUUCAAGGGGGUGGUGGUGCUGGAGGAGUUCUGCAAGGAGCUGGCUGCUAUCGCCCUGGUCAAGGGACCGCCGGAGGGGCCCCCCUGAGCUGCGGCUCCCAAGCCUCCUGCUGAGCACCCCCUCUUCGGCCGGGCUGCGGUGGCCACCGGGGAUGGCCCAACCCAUGUGCCGGUAGCCUCCGGUGGCCCUGCUCAGACCAGUACGUCCCCAAGAGCCGGGCACGGCGGUGGCACCCCGGGAAGGUCACCGUCCUCGCAGCGCCUGGCGAGGAGGAAGAGGAGGCGCAGAGUCCUUCACUGCUGCCUUGGCCAACCCGGAGGUGAUGCCACCUCCCCGGUGCAGGACGUGGCCCCUCUAGGUGCAAAGUGAACCGUGCUGCGUUUCCUCCUGGGUGGUGGGUUCCUGCUCCCCCUGCCCCGUGUCGGAGUUGCCGCAAGCCCCCACCAACCUCAAGCAGGAUUUUUUUUGGCAAUAAUCGGCUGCAUGGGCACGGUGCUGUCUUCUGCCUGCGUGGGGCAAUGCCACCCCCUCGGCUGCAAUAACUCAAUCAUCUCCCCCGGCUCUGGGGCACCGGGCGGUGUGUGUGUGUGCGUGUUUGUGGCUCCUGCCUGGCAGGGAUGGUGCACCCCGAACCCCGCACA